AUGGCAAGUUCGUCCAAAAUUGGCAACAUCCUCUUCAGUAGUAUUUUUUCAAAUACUUUCGAGAAUAUUGUCAACAGACUAAUGGGACGAGAAGACUGGGAGCAAGGUCUACCGGGCCUAAAAGAGGCAGUCAACUUCUACACUGACGGCUCCAAAUUAAAUAAUCGAGUCGAAGGAGCAAUAUACUCCGACCAACUUAACAUCAGGAAAUCCUUCAGACUUCUGGACUGCAGUGUCUUCCAAGCGGAAUCAAGCGACUAUCAGGUCGAUUAUCUCGACCAAUACAAACUCUCAAACUAUAUCAAACUAUCACUACAUGAGAUGGCUUUGCAGUUUAAAAUAUACCUAAUAUGGGUCCCGGGUCACCGAAACAUUGCAGGCAAUUGUAUUCCAGAUGAGUUGGCCAGACAUGGCACUACCGUUCCUCUCCUUCCGGACAAGGAGAACAUUGGUAUGUCGAUGGCCACCUGCAAGCUAAACAUUAAAAACAAAUAUAAAGAACUUGCGAACCUAGCAUGGACACACGUAAGACAUUGUCGCAUCUCUCGCCAGACAUGGCCAAUUGUUAAUGCGCAGAAAACUUCUGAACUUCUAAAGCUAAACCGUACCGAGUGCGGAAUGCUAAUACGAGUGCUUUCAGGCCGUUGGUUGGUCGAUUUCUGCAGAAGCUGCAGGGACGAGGAGGAGGAGGAAUCGGUGGAACACCUGUUCUGUUCCUGAUCGGCCCUAUGCAGAUCUAGACAACACUUAGGGAAUCCCUUAAUGAGCAGUCUAUCUGAACUGGGGAGUAUAAAACUAAAGCGAAUAAUAAAAUUCAUGAAAGCAACCGGAUGGGAGCUAUGCUAGGUCAGCGGUAAGAGCAGCAGACAAUAAUACAGGAAAGGGGACACAGAUCCACGCGGUAUCGCAACGGACCUUCUAGGUCCAAGUGUGUCAAUAAUUUGACAGCUGCUCUAAUCUAACCUAACCUAUUAUUUUUAUUGUGUCUAUGUCAUUAUCGUUAUCAGAAUUUAUUUUUAAAAGUCUUUAAUAAGCUCAUGUAUCUAUUAAAAGGGUUAAGGGUGUUUUUAGUGUGAUAGUUAUUUAUUUGUAUAUAAAUGUUGAGACUGAGAUUUAUUUUAUAUAUAGUUGCUUUGUGUGGCCGCUUUUUCUUCUUAAGGGAAUUUUUUAGUUUUCCUGUUCUGCUUCAAUAGCUCUUACCUAUUCGAGUUUAUUACUUGAGUUAUUUCGGGAAGAACCUCUUUGGUUUCCGUUGUUAUUAUGUUGGUUUUGAUUUCCAUAGUAAUUCUGGUUUUGAUAUUGCCCUUGGCCAUAGUUUCCUCGAUUAUUAUUAUGUUGGUAAUAUUUAAUAAUUUCCCUGGUAGAAGUUAUUUCUACCGCGUAUGAAAUUACCUCUAUACUUUCCUCUACCAUUGCCUCUAUAAUAACUACCUUGGUUGUUUGUAUACUGUUUGCGCACUUGGCGCUGGUAUUUAAAUCACUAAUUGUAGGGCGAGAGCGGGAGCCAUU